UGGCUCGGCUCGUACGGCGGCAAGCAGGUCGCGAUCAAGCGCAUGAAGAACCAAGAGGCGCGUAUGGUCCAAAAGUUCAUUGACGAGAUCGUGCUCAUGUCGCAGAUGAGCAGCGACUACAUUGUCAAGUUUGUCGGUGCUAGCUGGACCCGUCCGAUUGAGAUCGAGUGCGUCGUCGAGUUCAUGGACCUCGGGGAUCUUCGUUCGUAUCUUAUCAACCAGUCGCCAGCGCAGUUUAGCUGGGACCAAAAGUACCAGUGUAUUCUCGCCAUCAUCCGGGGUCUCGUCUACCUCCACACGUACAAGCCGCCGAUCAUCCACCGCGAUCUCAAGUCCCGCAACGUUCUUCUUGACUCGGUCAAGGGCACCAAGCUCACCGACUUUGGUGCUUCCCGCGUCGCCGAGGAAGAUGAUCUCAUGACCAACGGCAUCGGGACGUACCAGUGGAUGGCGCCGGAAGUUAUCUCGGGCACCAACUAUGGCGCGCCGGCCGACGUUUACUCGUUCGGCAUCAUCUUGUCGGAAUUUGCGACGCACCAAGUGCCGUACGCCGACCUGCGUCACCCGGACUCGGGCAAGGCUCUCCCGCAGCACUACGUCUUGAACAGCGUUCGUGAAGGCAAGCUGCACCCGACGUUUGAUGGCGAAGGCGUGCCGGCGUGGGUCAAGGACAUUGGUCUGCAGUGUCUCUCGCUGUACGAAGAGGACCGUCCGACGGCGCUGCAGUUGUCGGCGAUGCUGAGCCGCUGCAAGCCGUGAGCGUGCGGCCCUUGAUCGUCUUGCCUCGUACUAGCUUCAUUUCUGCUGUGACUCUAUAUUCAACGACAUAUUUCGAGGUUGAUCAACACUGUGGUUGGUGUGAUCUCGUUUCUCU